AUGGACUUGAAGGACUUGUCAACAGGAAUAGUAUUCUUAUCACAGACCACACUUGGAAUUCUGGGAAAUUUCUUUCUCCUUUCCCACUAUCUAGCCCUGUGCUAUCAAGAACGCUCACUACGGACCACAGAUGUGAUACUCAAGCACUUGGUUAUAGCCAACUUCUUGGUCAUUCUCUCUAAAGGAGUGCCCCACACAAUGGCAUCUUUUGGUUUCAAACAGUUUUUCAAUGACUUGGGAUGCACAGUUCUUUUGUUUGUUCACAGAGUGGGAAGGAGCAUGUCCAUUGGCUCCACCUGCUUCCUGAGUGUCUUCCAAGCCAUCACCAUCGUCCCCAACAAUUCAUAUUGGAAAGAUGUUAAAGUCAAAGCUACAAAGUACAUUGACCUCUUCAUUUCCCUCUGCUGGAUACUGUACAUGGUGGUAAAUUUCAUUUUUCCCAUGUAUUUAUAUACCAAGUUGAAUUGCAGAAACAGGACAGAGAAAAGAGACUUUGAGUAUUGUGCUACUGUGGGUCGUGAUGAGAUUGUUGACUACCUAUAUGUAGCAAUGGUGGUAUUUCCUGAGAUUUUGCUUUCUGUGCUCAUCAUCUGUUCCAGUGGUUCCAUGGUUGUCAUUCUGUACAGACACAGGCGGCGGGUUCAACACAUCCACAGCACUAAUGUUCCCUCCAGAGCCUCCCCUGAGUCUAGAGCCACCCAGAGCAUCUUAGUCCUCGUGUUCACCUUUCUAGCUUUUCAUACCAUCUCCUCCAUUUUAAAUAGUUUGAUUGCUCUUUUUAAUAGUCCCAGUUUGUGGCUGGUGAGCAUAAAUGCCCUCAUUUCUAUGUGUUUUCCCUCCAUGAGCCCUUUUGUUUUUAUAAGUCAUGAUUUCAUUGUGUCCAGGAUCUUCUUUGACUGUGUAAGGAAUACAACUCCCCUAAUGAUAUAA